CCUUGGGAGCGCUGCUGCUGAGGCUGUGCGGGUACCCCGCCUCCGGGGGGGCCGCCAGCUGUACCUGUUUUUCCAAAAUCAUAGGUUUAUGGCUCAGAGAGACAGUACAUUUUCCUGGCUUGAGCAUAUGGCUAACAGGAGCUAUGUCAGAUGAGAACACAGCAAGUCCUGAAGCAAACCAGUUUAGGAAGCCAUUGUAUGGAUUGUUUCAAUAUAAUUCCAGUAUGAUUGGACUAGAAUCAUUAGCUGAUCCCUCAGAUACCUGGGAAAUUAUAGAGACCAUUGGGAAAGGCACUUAUGGUAAAGUCUAUAAGGUUGCUAAUAAGAAAGAUGGAAGCUUGGCAGCAGUAAAGAUUCUGGAUCCUGUCAGUGAUGUAGAUGAAGAAAUUGAAGCUGAAUAUAAUAUUUUGCAGUUUCUUCCCAAUCAUCCUAACGUUGUUAGAUUUUAUGGAAUGUUUUACAAAGCAGAUCAAUAUGUGGGAGGACAGCUGUGGCUAGUACUUGAGCUGUGCAAUGGAGGUUCUGUCACAGAGCUUGUCAAGGGCCUGCUGCAGUGUGGCCGAAGACUGGAUGAAGCUGUCAUCUCAUACAUCUUGUAUGGGGCUCUCUUGGGCCUUCAGCAUUUACACAAUAACCGGAUCAUUCAUCGGGAUGUGAAAGGGAACAACAUUCUCCUGACAACAGAAGGUGGAGUCAAGCUCGUUGACUUUGGUGUUUCAGCCCAGCUCACCAGCACAAGGCUGCGUAGAAACACCUCAGUGGGAACCCCCUUUUGGAUGGCACCUGAGGUCAUUGCUUGUGAGCAGCAGUAUGACUACUCAUAUGAUGCUCGGUGUGACGUGUGGUCCUUGGGAAUAACAGCUAUUGAACUGGGGGAUGGAGACCCUCCUUUAUUUGACAUGCAUCCGGUGAAAACCCUUUUUAAAAUUCCAAGAAACCCUCCACCUACUUUGCUACAUCCUGAAAAAUGGUGCAGAGGAUUCAACCAUUUCAUUUCACAGUGUCUGAUCAAAGAUUUUGAGCAGCGUCCUUCGGUCACCCAUCUUUUGGAACAUCCGUUUAUUAAGCAAGUACACGGUAAAGAGAUGUCUUUGCAAAAACAGCUGGCUGAGCUCAUCCAAGAACAGCAGCAGCUGGGCUCCAUAGCCAAAACAAGGCAUGAAAGAAUACAUACUAGAAGACCCUACCAUGUGGACAGAGCAGACAAGUUCUCUCUAGAUGACGAUCUGGUAAAUCUAGAAGUUCUCAAUGAGGAUACCAUUAUCCAUCAGCUGCAAAAGCGUUAUGCUGACUUACAGAUCUAUACUUAUGUUGGAGACAUUUUAAUAGCCUUGAACCCCUUCCAGAAUCUCAGCAUUUAUUCUCCCCAGUUCUCCAAGCUUUACCAUGGUGUGAAACGUUCAUCAAAUCCCCCCCACAUAUUUGCUUCUGCAGAUGCUGCCUACCAAAGCAUGGUUACAUUCAGCAAGGAUCAGUGCAUUAUCAUCAGUGGGGAAAGUGGUGCUGGAAAGACAGAAAGUGCCCAUCUGAUCGUCCAACAUUUGACCUUCUUGGGAAAGGCCAAUAACCGUGCUUUGCGUGAGAAAAUUCUCCAGGUGAAUCCUCUGGUUGAAGCAUUUGGGAAUGCCUGCACUGCCAUCAAUGACAACUCAAGUCGCUUUGGAAAAUAUCUGGAAAUGAUGUUUACACCUACAGGAGCUGUAAUGGGGGCAAAGAUUUCUGAAUAUCUACUUGAAAAGUCAAGGGUCAUAAAACAGGCUGUGGGAGAAAAAAAUUUCCAUAUAUUUUAUUAUAUUUAUGCUGGCCUUUAUCAUCAGAAGAAACUUUCUGAAUAUAGACUUCCUGAUAAAAAGCCCCCUAGAUAUAUUGAUAAUGAAACUGGAAGAGUAAUGCAUGAUAUUGUUACUAAAGAUUCCUAUGGAAGACAAUUUGAAGCAAUUCAGCAUUGUUUUAGAAUUAUAGGAUUUACUGAUGAGGAAGUGUAUUCAGUGUACAGAAUACUGACUGGAAUCUUAAAUACUGGAAAUAUUGAGUUUGCUGCUAUUUCUUCACAACACCAAACAGAUAAAAGUGAGGUUCCUAACCCAGAAGCCUUAGAUAAUGCUGCUGCACUGCUAAGCAUUGGGUCAGAAGAACUUCAGGAAGCCCUAACGUCCCACUGCGUUGUGACGCGGGGCGAGACCAUAAUCCGAACGAACACAGUGGACAAGGCCGCGGAUGUGCGGGAUGCCAUGUCCAAAGCGCUUUAUGGGCGGCUCUUCAGCUGGAUCGUAAACCGCAUUAACACGCUGCUUCAGCCAGAUAAAAAUAUAUGCAAUGCUGAAAGUGGGAUGAAUGUUGGGAUACUAGACAUAUUUGGAUUUGAGAACUUUGCAAGAAAUUCAUUUGAACAGCUGUGCAUAAAUAUCGCUAAUGAACAGAUCCAGUUUUACUUCAAUCAACAUAUUUUUGCACUAGAGCAGAUGGAAUAUCAGAGUGAGGGAAUUGAUGCCACUACAGUGGAGUAUGAGGACAACCGUCCACUUCUAGAUAUGUUCCUUCAGAAACCCAUGGGUCUCCUGUCUCUACUAGAUGAAGAAAGUCGAUUUCCUCAGGCAACAGACCUAACUUUAGUUGAUAAGUUUGAAGACAACUUACGAUGCAAAUACUUCUGGAGACCAAAAGGAGUGGAACUGUCAUUUGGAAUUCAGCACUAUGCUGGAAAGGUAUUAUAUGAUGCCUCUGCAUUCCUUGAGAAGAACAGAGACACUCUUCCUGCUGACAUAGUGGUGGUGUUGCGAACUUCAGAGAACAAACUUCUCCAGCAGCUGUUCUCUAGCCCAUUGACAAAAACAGGUAAUUUGGCACAAGCAAGAGCCAGAGUGACAGCAGCGUCUCGGUCUCUGCCUCCGCAGCUCAGUGCUGGGCGUAUCAAGUCUCCUAAAUACCUCCUGAAGGUUGACACAAUGGAGGUUAUGCGGCAUCCUGAGGAAACAACUAACAUGAAGCGGCAAACUAUGGCUUCCUAUUUUAGGUAUUCCCUCAUGGAUCUUUUAUCCAAAAUGGUUGUUGGACAGCCUCACUUUAUCCGCUGCAUUAAGCCUAACGAUGAUCGAGAGGCGCUGAUGUUCUCUCAUGAGAGAGUUCUGCUGCAGCUGCGAUACACUGGAAUUCUGGAAACUGUCAAGAUACGUCAGAAAGGGUAUUCCCAUCGCAUCCUCUUUGAGGAGUUUGUAAAAAGGUAUUACUACCUUGCAUUCAAGGCACAUGAGACUCCCCUUGGCAGCAGAGAAAACUGUCUUGCUAUUUUGGAGAAAUCUAAACUAGACAACUGGAUUCUUGGGAAAACUAAGGUUUUCCUUAAGUAUUACCAUAUAGAGCAGUUAAAUUUGUUCCUGAGAGAAGUCAUAGGGAGGGUGGUGGUCAUGCAAGCCUAUAUCAAGGGAUGGCUUGGAGCAAGGAGGUACAAGAAAGUAAAAGAUAAAAGAGAAAAUAGUGCUAUUACAAUACAGUCAGCCUGGAGAGGAUAUGAAGCUCGCAGGAAGUACAGGGAAAUAAGGAACAGAAGAACUGAUGCUGCUAUACAUAUUCAGGCAGCUUUUAGGGGAUAUAUUGUUCGUAAAAACUAUGCAAGAUUGAAAACCAGCGCUGAGUGUGUAGCAGAUCCUCAGCUUACAAGAAGCUGCUCUACUUCUGAUUUUGGUUGUGAAGAAGACUGGCAGCAAACCAGUAACCAGUCUUCUCCCGUGGUGCCUGAUUUUCUUGACAAACAAACUAAAAAGAAUAAUUUGGAUGAGAUUUCUGCUUCUCCAUUUAUUCUAAAACAUUCAUUUGAAACGAAUGAUUCGCAAUCAAUUAGCCAAUCCCAGACAGUUGCAGACCAUCAGUUGUCAAGUCUCUUGACAACCUGUAAAAAAGAAGGUUCAGAAAACUGUCUUGAACAGAAGCUGAGAACACCUCGUCGACGAUGUCAGCAGCCCAAAAUGCUGAAUAGCCCUGAGGAUAACAUGUACUAUAACCAGUUAAAUGGAACUCUAGAAUAUCAAGGGAGCAAGAGGAAGCCAAGAAAACUUGGCCAAAUCAAAGUGCUGGAUGGAGAGGAUGAGUAUUAUGAAUCAUUGUCAGCUGUUGAAUCUACCCCUGAAGAUGACAGUUUUCCCAGCUCUCCAUCUCCUCCUACAAGAGAUGUGUCUUUUGCACAAAGCUGAACCUCACUCAUUCUAUUGACUAAUACUGGUAAGAGUAUUUUCCUGCUGAUAAGCUCUUCCAGUUAACUUUGUUUAUGUGUGUUCAUGUAAUAUAUUAAAAAUAUCAUGUUAGCUAGCUACUUUAGUUCACUGUUUAGACCUGGGUUUGCAGGAGUACACUGUCACAUUUAGCUGUAUUUCUAUAAGCAAUUGCAGUAAAGGAGAGCAACAGUACCUGUAUGUGUUGAUGUCAAUAAUGGACAUACUUAUUUAGCAGCAAGGUUAAUUUAUCCAAUUCUAACCCCUUCUUUCCUGCCUUCCCCUCCCCUGGCUACUGUUCCCACCCUGUGCCAUCCCUUCUGUUGUGCUGGCACAGCUGCUGGUAGAGCUGUGUGAAAAGUAAGAUGAAGGAACUGAACUAGAUUAAAAGAACACUGUACUAAAAAUUUUAAUUUGGGGUCAUAGUGAAAAUGUUUUGUAUUUCAUUUGACUGAUAUUAAACAUUGUCCUUUAUAACUUUC